UUGCAGGAUACGGCUAAAUUAGCUCUUUCGAUUCACACAGAACGACAAAAUUCUUCUUAUUUAUCAUCACAUGAUGGAAACUUACCAACACAUGUGGGUAAUUUUGCGAACCAGAAACCCGAAGGUCUUUCACCUGAAGAACUAGUGCUGGAAUCCCGUUUGAUGGUCCAGCUGCGAGGUGCUUUGGGUCAGCUUCAUGAAAUCUUCUUUAGCUGGCCAAUGACCAACAAGCUGGAGCUGUUAGCCAUUUCCCGUUCAUUGCCCCAAAGAACGAGACGUGUGCCCAGUCGGAUUUCUGGGACUCGAGACGAGCCACAACAUGCCGAAUCAUAUAACGAUGUUUGGGCUCAACGUGAUUCUAUCGAUGUACGCCGAAGAUGGAAUUCAGGUGUAUCGCACUCCAAUCCACGGUCGCCGACCACCGGAGAAAACAGGAUUACUGAAUAUGUUACAAACGUAAGGUCUUACGCCAACUACAGCCUCACCAAGUCAAUCGACUCAGUGCGCCAGUCAUGGCCGCAGAACCAACUAGAGAGACGACAACAAGUUUUAUUUCCACUAUCCGGACUAACCGCAUUAGCAUACGACAAUGCGGAACAUCAACAAACAAAACAACAGCCCCAACCCCCACAACCCCCGGAAUCAUGCGAAGCCAUCGCAUCUCCCGUCCUGGACCAACACCACUCAGAACCGUAUCUGAAAGGCAACAAAAUUGCCAAAUUACGAACUCAGAUACCCAAACAAAUACCACGGUCAUCCAAAACUCGGGAGAACGAUUCACGUUCAUCGGAUCGCGUGUCAUCUGCAGACACACAGCUCGAUUACACUCCAGUUCGACUACACACUCCACCUACCCCGAACACUCUGAAAACAAUGAUCAGCAACUUAACAAACUUGUCCACCAAACCUAUACCAACUGCAGCGCUGCGACCUCCAGUGGGUCGUGCCAGUUGCUUCACUCUUCGUCAGAUGUGUCAGAACCUGCGAACCGAACGCCAGAAAAGCGGUCAGAUACCAUUCGCUUCGUCAAUAAACCUAUCGAUAAAAUCCAAUCAAAAUCGACCUAUCCAACUACACCGACGGGGAGCGCUUUUGGUUCAUCAAUUCAGCGGCAGCAAUCAACUGAGCACCGGUUACAUGCUUCUCGACGCAGCCCAGACGCGGAUGUCGAAAACCGAGGGUUUGACGAAUGUGAUUUCCACCCCGAACUCUUUGAUUGCAAAGAGCCAAACCUACUCCGUACAUCGCCACAGUGGACGAAGGAAGAAGCGUUGUCUGUCAUCGGUGAACCUUGCCGACCAUCCGCUGAGAGAAAGACCGUGGCAGACUCACAGGUCAAUUUCCGCCCUGGCCGAAUACCCAGCACGCGUGCCAUAUUGGAAAGAAGUGCUUUGGCAAUGGCGAAAUCAGCGGCACAAUCCGGCAGGCAUUGCCGGCGAUCUGCCUGUGCCUAUUCAUCACAAUACGGAUACCCUAAAAGAUCUCACUGUGAAAACAUAG